GGGGUGACCGUUUUGAAAACUAAGCCCAGUGCACCACCGCACGCCCUAGAGUUCAUAUCGGUGGCGUAAAUCGCAGCACCGUUUUAUAGCAGCUGUCUUUAAUCACAUUUUCAGCCGUAAAAAUGAUCAACCCGGUGAGAUGUGCAGUGUUUUUGUUGAUAGCGCUGAGUGCAAUCAGCCUCUCCGCAAGGGGAGAGAGCACUCCAAGGGAACCAGGUCAACAGCAUCCCCGUUCAGAUCGGCGAGUCUUCCAGAGCGUCCCAAUAUACGAUAAGCAGGAGGAGGAAUCGGAAUAUUGGCGUACGGUAGCACAGCGUUCGUUGCAGCAUCAGGCGGCCCAUCCGAAGAGCGAACGCAAAGCAAAGAAUGUGGUGUACUUCAUCGGUGAUGGCAUGGGACUUUCGACGGUCGCCGCCGCCAGAAUGUAUCUGGGCAACGAAAACAUGUACCUUUCGUUCGAAAAGUUCCCGUACUUUGGUCUCGCCAAGACGUACUGCGUCAAUCGCCAGGUGGCCGAUUCGGCCUGCACCGCCACCGCCUACCUUUCGGGGGUGAAGAUCAACUACGGCAUGCUGAAUGUGGCGGCCAGCGUGAAACGGUCCAGCUGCGAGUACGAUCGCAAUGCGACCGAGUUUAAGGGACUGCUCGAGUGGGCACAGCAGGCAGGGAAAGCGACGGGAAUCGUAACGACAACCCGCAUAACGCAUGCCACCCCGGGCGGUACGUACGCUAGCAGCGCUGAUCGUAACUGGGAAGAUGAUACCGAGGUGAAUAACGAUUGUCCGACGACACGGCAGGAGGACAAACCGGUCGAUAUUGCUACCCAGCUCGUUUAUGGUGCCGUCGGGAAGAACCUCAAAGUGGCGCUCGGUUGUGGGCGGCGUCAUUUUAUUCCUGCCGACGUGAAGGAUGAGGACGGCAAGGCGGGCAAGCGCUCCGAUGGUGUGAACCUGAUCGAGGCGUGGAAGGAGGUGCAUGCCGACAUGGGUGAGGCACGGUACGUGUCGGACAAGAAGAGCCUGCUGGAGGCGGCCAAGAGCAAGCAGCUGGACUAUCUGCUGGGACUGUUCGACAGUAGCCACUGUUUGUACAAUCUGGAGAUCGACGAUCAGAAGCUGGGUGAGGUGAAACCGAAGCUGACGGAUAUGGUAGACGCGGCACUGUCCAUGCUGGAGGACAGCAAGCAAGGCUACGUGCUGUUUGUGGAAGGUGGACUGAUCGAUACGGCGCAUCACUCGAACCGACCGCGUCUUUCGCUAGAGGAAACGAAAGAGUUUCACAAAGCGAUCGAACUGGCCCGCACCCGAACGAGCGAGGAGGAUACGCUGAUCGUGGUGUCGUCGGACCAUAGCCACACGCUGAUGUACAAUGGAUAUCCGACCCGUGGCAACGACAUACUGGGCAUCGGGGACAUCAGCGAUAAGGAUGGUCUACCGUACACCACGCUCAGCUACGCCAACGGUGAAGGGUUCUACCAGACGUACGCCGAUGGCAACCCGUCCAAGCGGCUCGACGUAGCCGGGUACGACUUUAGCGACUAUCGACAGCGCUAUCUGGCCACCGUGCCACUAUCAUCGGAGACGCACGGUGGCGAAGACGUCGGCGUGUAUGCUAGCGGCCCCGGUGCCCAUCUGUUCGGUGGCAGCACGGAGCAAAACGUGAUACCGCUGCUGAUAGCGUACGCCGCCAACAUUGGCGAUGAGUUCGGGUGGGUGACGAGCACCGUACCGGACGAUGACAAUGCUGCCAGCCUGCAGUCGAUGUCGCAGCUUCUGCCCAUGUGUCUGGCGGUGGUUUGUGCAUUCGCCCGGCAGCUGUACCGGGUGGUGCUGGAGCCCAUCGAGAAUACCAGAGAUUCACACACGAUGCGGGACCUUGCGCGGUACUUUGCCUGUUUUUUGGCAUUUGCUCUCACGGCUGGUGAGCUUGUAACUGUCCCUGGAGCUCGUGAGCCUGAUGGUCACUCCAGACGCGGUAAGGAUGGUUCGUUCAAAUCCGGUGCGGCUUCUUCCCGCUCGCAAACCCCCCAGGUGCAAGGCUUCCAGGAACGUGAACUUGAAACCGACUACUGGCUCGAGCAGGCUCAACAAACGCUCGCCCAGAAAUUGGCCACCCCGCACAACACGAACCACGCCAAGAACGUGAUCUUCUUCAUCGGCGAUGGUAUGUCCUCGCAAACGGUGGCCGCCACGCGCAUGUACCUUGGCAACGAGGCCAACUUCCUAUCGUUCGAGAACUUCAAGGACCUCGGCUCGGUGCGCACGUAUUGCGUCAACCGACAGGUGUCAGAUUCGUCCUGCACUGCUACCGCCUACCUGUCCGGGGUGAAGAUCAACUACGGCAUGGUAAAUAUUGCGGCCUCCGUUGACCGGUACGCCUGCGAGUACGAUCGCAAUGCGUCCGAUUUCGACGGGCUGCUCAAGUGGGCACAGGAUGCGGGCAAGAGUACGGGCAUCGUCACGACCACGAAGAUUACACACGCAACACCGGCCGGAGCGUACGCGAGCAGUGCAAACCGGUACUGGGAGAAUGACGUCGAGGUAGCAUCGUCCGAUUGUGAUCCGGCCCGUGUGGACGAUAUCGCCGAGCAGCUGGUGGAUAAAGAGGUGGCCCAGCGGUUCAACGUGGUGCUGGGAGGUGGUCGAGGUAAUCUCCUCCCGAAGGAAACGAUGGAUGAGGAAGGUAAGCCUGGCUACCGCCAAGAUGGUAAGAACUUGAUCGAACAGUGGAAACAAACGCACGAGACGAUGGGACGCUCCCAGUACGUGUGGAACCGGGAGCAGCUGAUGUCGGUCGACACUGCCAACACGGACUAUUUGCUCGGGCUGUUCGAGAGCGGUCACAUGAAGUACAAUCUCGAGCUGAAGGAUAAUAGUGAGGCGAGCCGAACGGAACCGACCCUGGAGGAUAUGACGCGGAAGGCGAUCGAGCUGCUGCAGCGGAACAAGAAUGGGUACGUGCUGUUCGUGGAAGGAGGCCUGAUCGAUGUAGCUCACCACGAAACCUGGGCUCGGUUGGCGCUGGACGAAACGGCCGAAAUGGCGAAGGCUAUCGAUACGGCGCGCAAAAUGACCAGCGAACAGGAUACGUUGAUUGUCGUUAGCUCGGAUCAUUCCCACACGAUGACGUACAAUGGAUAUCCGAAACGUGGCAACGACAUCCUCGGACUCGGUGACAUCAGUGAUGAGGACCUGCUGCCCUAUACUACCCUCAGUUACGCCAACGGGCUGUCAUACUACUCGACCUACACCGAGGAAAACCAUGCCAUCCGAGCGGAUCCUUCAAACUACGAUUACAAGCAGACGGAUAUGCGCUACAUGGCAAUGGUACCGAUGGAUGCGGAAACGCACGGUGGUGAUGAUGUUGGAGUUUGGGCGUCGGGUCCAAUGUCGCACCUGUUCCGGGGCGUUUACGAACAGAACACCAUCCCGUACCUGAUCUCGUACAUCGCCCAGAUCGGUGACUACUACGAAGAGUCCGACUCUGGCGCCGGCCAACCAUUAGCCGCGUGCCUGUCACUCCUUCUAGGCUGUUCCAUUGCCGUGCUGAUGAGGCGAUAAUUAAUCCACCUGUCGUAUUGGUAACAAUGAUCGGCCAUCUGUCAACGAAGGGGGGGUUACCAUUUGAUCGAUGUAACACAACGACGUAACGUAGCGCCCGCACAGAAGCGUUCGACCAGUGGGCGAAUUCUUUUAGAUUACGCCCGAUAAGGGGGACCACCGGCUUAUCAGAAGUGUUGGGGUUUUUAAUUGUAAAUAGUUGUCUAGGCGUAGGUGUACCGCGUGGCUCAAGGCUCUUGAAGAAGUGAAUAAAUAUAUAUCAAUUAUUGAUACCCUUAA